AUGAGCUCGGUUAUCCGUGCAAGUAGGCCUUGUGCCGCUUGUUUACGCCGACUUCAAGCAUCUCAAUCGCUUCUUCCUUCGUGUAGCUCGACACUGGCAACGGCUGGUAGUUCGAGCAGCAGAUCAAGUCGGUAUGGCAGGACCAUCGCUGAUGGACCGUUCUCUCCAAAGCGGUUUCUCGCAAGUACCAGCAGGAACUUUGCCAAAGCAUCAGACAUAACAUCGAAGAAGAGGACAGUACAGAUGGGCGAAUUCCCUCCGGAGCGAAUACGGAAUUUAUCUAUCAUAGCUCAUAUUGAUCACGGCAAAUCAACUUUGGCUGAUCGACUACUACAGAUGACAGGAACGGUACCAUCUUCUUCGAAUCCUCAAUUCCUGGAUAAGCUAAAAGUGGAAAGGGAAAGAGGUAUAACAGUGAAAGCUCAAACUGUAUCGAUAAUACAUAAACACAAAAAUGGGGAGAAGUACUUGAUCAAUCUCAUUGAUACACCUGGACAUGUAGAUUUCAGUUAUGAAGUUUCUAGAAGUUUGGGUGCUUGUGAAGGUGGUUUAUUGUUAGUCGACUGUUCUCAGGGUAUACAAGCUCAGACCCUGUCCGUUUUCCACCAUGCCGUGGAAGCGAAUCUCAAGCUGCUUCCAGUGAUAAAUAAAGUCGAUUUACCUCACGCAUCACCAGAAGAAACCUCUGAAGAGAUUGUGUCAUCUUUAGGAUUACCCAUAGAAGAUCAUAUGAGGAUCAGUGCGAAAAGUGGCUUGGGCGUAGAUCAGGUUUUGGAAAAUAUCAUCGAUAGGUUACCGGCACCGAAAGAAUGGGAAGCAGAUGAUGGGAAAUUGAGAGGAUUGAUAUUUGAUACUUUUUACGAUCAGUUUCGAGGGGUAGUCUCAUUGGUUCGAAUAUUUUCGGGAACGCUGAAGAAAGGAGAUAAAGUGAGGUUCCUUCAAGCUGGAAAGAGAUAUGAGAUCCUGGAAGUUGGUAUCAACAAUCCCGAGGAAGUCGUAGUAGAUCGAUUGAGGGAUGGUCAAGUCGGGUAUGUGGUUUGUAAUAUGAAAAACUCCGAAGAAGCUUUUAUUGGUGAUACUAUAUGCCAUGCGGACAAGCUAGUAGAACCUUUACCUGGAUUUAAGCCCAUGAAAGCGAUGGUCUACGCAGGUGUCUUUCCUAUGGAUAGCUCAGAUUUCCCCAAAUUGGAGGAGUCGAUAGAACGAUUGACCUUGAACGAUCGAAGUGUGUCGAUACAGAGAGAGUCAUCUGCUGCUCUCAGUCAGGGAUUUCGACUUGGUUUCUUGGGAACACUACAUAUGGAUGUAUUCAAACAACGUCUGGAAGAUGAAUACUCUUCAGAGGUAAUCAUCACAGCUCCUACAGUGCCGUACAAAGUCGUCUAUUUAAAUGGCAGUGAGGAGUUUGUCUCAAACCCAGUUGAUUUCCCCGAAGUUGGGGAUUCUAAGCUGCGAGUGAGACAUAUUGAAGAACCAAUGAUCAAUGCAACAAUAUUUGUUCCAAAAGAAUACAUAGGAGAGAUGAUGGAUCUUUGUUCACGUUAUCGAGGUGUACAACAGGAAUAUCGGAUCUUGGAGAACUCAGACCGAGCCAUUCUGAGAUACUCUCUACCUUUGGCGGAAAUUGUCACAGACUUCUUCUCUGAGCUCAAAAGCUCUAGUUCAGGUUUUGCAAGUUUUGAUUAUGAAGAUGCGGGGUACCAACAAUCCAGCUUGGUCAAAUUGAACAUCCUGAUCAACAGUAAACCCGUUGACGCGUUAGCAAUGAUCGUCCAUAAGUAUGCUGCACAAAGUGUCGGUAAAGCAUGGGUCAAGAAGCUUAAGGAAGUCGUACCUCGUCAGCAGUUCGAGUUAUCUCUUCAAGCUGCCGUAGGUGCGAAAGUAAUCGCCAGAGAAAACGUGUCUGCGUUCAGGAAAGAUGUCACUGCGGGUUUAUACGGAGGUCAUUACGAUCGGAAGCUCAAGCAUUUGAACAAGCAGAAAGAAGGCAAAAAGAGGCUAAAGAGAUUAGCUGGAAAUAUCGAUAUCCCUCAGACUGCUUUCUUCCAAGUUUUAUCCUCAAGACCAAGAUCGUUUUCGACUUCUGCUAGGACCGAGUCCCUAUCCCUGAUGAAAUCAAAUGUCACCCCGACGUUGGAGCAGUGGAACCCUGUUAGGGAUUCUAGUAUUACCUUCUCAUCUUCGUCUGCAGCAUGGCAAUCUUCAGACGAUCCCAUCGGUCAAAACCUUCCCACUCCUACUCCAGAUAUUCCGACUAUACCGGAAAAGCCCUUGAUCAUUCCCCCUCCUAUAGGUCGAUCUACUAUCUCUCCCCCAGAAAGGUCGCACAAACUUUCCUCAAUUGGUCGAAUGACCUCUUCUCCUCCUCCUACAAAUGUAACUGCUACACAAUUAUCCGAGGCGUUUCAAGAUCUGCAUAGCUUAUCACCUGAUUCACACGUUUUCUCGCCCGGAGAAAUUCAUGAAAUCGUCUCUGCUCUGCGAGCAUUACAGAAGAGAGAAGCUGGUGAUAGGAAAUCGGCAGUGGAACAAAUCGAACCUAUAAUACGUGAAUUGAAAGAUAUCGUUGGCGGUGAUUCAAAAGCCAUCAAAAGACUGGAACUAGAAAUAAUAUCAGCAUCAUCGAGAACAGAAAGAAAAGUGAAAACGAAAGAUAUUCUAAAAGCAGAAUCAAAUUUCAGAUCCUUGUUUCCCCAAGUACCCUCAAUUGAAGACGGCAAAGCUAUGGAAAGAUAUAAGAAAUCAAUCAACCAUUUGAUGUAUUUAUGUGCUUUAGCAGGCCAUGGAAGUAGAUUAGAAGAUUGGUGGGAUAAAUUAGAAAGAAGGAAUCUAGCUCCAGAUAGUUAUUCAUACCUUUGUCGAUUGAUCUUACUGGAAAAAUCCAAUAGAAUAAAUGAAAUACCUCAAAUACUCGAAAUGGCUUUUGGAGAACGACCACAGCGAGGUGAACUCGAAGGAGCGAAUUCCAGCAUGACACCGGAAGAUAGAAAUGUUUUAGUGAAUUUCGCGAUACAUGCUUUUGCUCGUCAAGGAAGAUUCGAUGUCGCCAUUUCAGCUUAUUCAAAAAUGAUCAAACUCGAUUCGACUGAUUUAGGAGUAUUGCUUGGAUCAGAACCAGCUCCUUCUUCUCGUUUUCGUAAUCAGGCCAUGUCAAUCAUACCUAUUCCAGAAGGCGUCAAAGUGACAAGAUCAACCUUUGGCCCAUUAUUAGCUUCAUAUGUUGAAAAUGGAAAUUUACAAGCAUCUCUCAUCAUGUUCAAGAAUAUAUUCGAAUCCUCUUAUUCCCCCACAGUCAGAGACUAUAUAACUCUUUUUAGAGGAUUUUCGGUCCAUGGUGAACUGCCUAAGGAAGGAUUAGGUGAAUUAGGAAAAGUAUUCGGUAUCAAUACAUUUAUUACAUCUACAUCAAGUGAAAAUGGAAAUGGAAGUGGAUAUAUAAAGGAGAGAAUAGAUUUCGAAGAUCGUUUUACAGAUUUAUGGGAACAAGGUUCUUCAUCUUCUUCAUCAUUUUAUUCGAAUAUACAUGCCAAACCACCUUCAAAGGAUAUAAAUGAGUUAGGAAACGAAUGGACAUUAGAAGUCCUUCAAGAGAUAUAUUCUUCUUUCCUCACACUUCAUCCGAUCUCACCUAAUGGUAUGAAAGGACCAAAUAAAAAAGCAAUUUGGAUAAUCUUGAAGGCUUUCGCAAGGACUUCAGGUGAUACGUAUGUAGUCAAGAAGAUAUGGGAUGAUCUAAUCCUCAAAUUCGGUGAAAACAACGAAGAAGGUUGGAAGGAUUGGAAGAUUGAUAACAGGUUGACAUGGGCUAGAAAGACCUUAUAUGGUGAGGAUGUCUAG